AUGAGUCGACCUUUCGUAAUAUUGGCACUGGUGUGCCUCGCAAACGUGUGUGUUUCGGUUAGUGGCCUUUCCGAAACACCGGCAGACGUGCCGGAGAUUCCUGUCGAUGGUGUCCCGAGCCCCGAUGACGACGAUAGGCCCAAUUACAUGGCAUUCAAUGAAAAUGCAUUCAACGAUAACGAUCUUCCACCGCCGACUCACUCACCGACCGAUGAGUCACGAAUCCUGCCGAGCGGCCACGGUGCGGAUGGAUUAGCACGGGGCCCGUACAGCUGGAACGGUAUGCCCCGAUGGCGUUUCAGUCCGGAGCUGUUGGACGGUCUGAGGGCCGGCCUCGAGGAGGAAAACGAGAUGUUUAUGCCGCACAGCGAGCAGCCAUUCCGGGCGGUGCAGAACGGUGAGGACGAGAAUGGACGGGAUCCGUACGGGUUUGGUAGUGGACGAAAUCUUCUUAAACGAGCGCCGACGGGAUUUACGGGCAUGCGAGGACGACGUAUUCCUUCCGGAUUUAAUGGAAUGCGGGGCAAAAAGUCACUCUCGCUGUUUAGUUGGAACAAUCAGGCGUCAAGAGGUGGUCCCAACUCGUACCGAGAUGGCAAACGUGCACCUUCCGGAUUUAUGGGAAUGCGUGGAAAGAAGAGCUUCGAUACAACGCUGGACGAACGAUGGAGUUUGGACGAAUUGAACACCGAUCGAAUGGCCAAAGAAUAUCCAAACUUCCUCGUGCUUGAUCCAGCGUUUGGACCUUCGAUGCAUCUAAAUGCGGCACCUCCGAAAAGAGUUCCAAACGGGUUUAUGGGACUGCGUGGGAAAUAAAUAUGGUUUGUAACUU